AUGAGUACAUUAUAUGAUAUAGUUAUUUAUUUUCCACCAUUGAAUCAAACACAAGUAUUUACACCAACUCAUAUUAGUCAAUUUGAGAUGGCAAAAUGUACAGUUAUUUUUCGUUUACUGAAUUUUAUUACAGCACUUUGGUCUAAAUAUCCACGAGGUGCAAUUCAAGCAAUUGAUAGUUCAUUUUAUAUUAAUGAUUUAACAAAAUUAAUUUUAACUUGUGUAUUUUAUCCAACACAACUAGGACUUGAUAUAAAUAAUGAAGAAAUUAAUAAGAAAUUACCUGAAAAAAUUCUUACUUUACUUAAAUCAAUGACAACUCAUCUACCUGAUCAAUUAUUACAAUCAUUCUAUGAUAUUGCAUUAGAAAUGACAAAAACCGAUGGUCAUGAAGAAGAUUUCGAUAAAGCAAAUCUUGUUUUAACUGUCGAUACUCAACGUGGUUUACAAUCUCUAUUUGAUUAUAUUAUUUAUUUAGGCAUUAAGCCGAAUGAAGUUUUACCUUAUUUUUUUCAAUCAAAUCGUAUACAUACUGAUUCUGGUAUGACAACAAUUGGUACAUAUUUAUUAACAUUAUUUAAACAUCAAAUAAUAAUUUGGCUUAGUAUAACACCACAUUUUAUAAUUGAUAAUGUUGGUGAGAUAAAUUCUGUUGAACAAUGUCGUCUAAUUGUUGUAUUUUUAAGUACUGUUCUUGAUUUAUGUAGUCGUGAAAAAAAUAUCCGUCAACAAUAUGGUCGACAAUUUAUUCAUGGUACACAAGAAUAUCAUGAAUAUCAAGCAGCUAUAAGAAAAAUUCUUUCAGCAUUUGAAUUAUCAUCAUCAUCAUUUAUAUUAUUUGAAUUAUUAAUAUGGAUGUUAUAUUGUGGACAACAUCAUAUAUUUGAAGAAGAAAUUUUAUUAUCAAUAAGUCGUUAUGUUAUUAAUUUAAAUAAUUAUAUUAAACAAACAAAUUUACUUGAUUAUAUUUAUUCAAUAAUAUAUGGUAAAAAUUCCUUAUUUCGUACAGAACAUCGUUUAAAUACAUUAGAAAAAUUAAUAUUAAAAAUUUUAACAUCUGUACGUAAAAUAACAUUAAUUGAAUUUUAUAAAAAAUAUAUAUGUACAUUAGUUAUUGAUGAACUUAAUAUUAAACUUGAUUUAACAUCACAAACAUUAAUAUCAAUGUUAAUAAAUAAAGUUUGUACAUAUUGUUUACUUGAUCAUAUGUAUACAAUAUUAAAUAAAGAUGAUAUAUUUGGUAUAAAUUCUUCAAUAGCUAAAGUUUUUUAUGAACAUAUAAAAAAACAAGAUGAAGCACGAAAAAUUUUAAAUGUUGAAACACCAAUAACAGCUAUUAAAAUUGGACAAACAUUUGAUGGUAAAGAAUUAACUAAACAUAUUAUUACACGUGCACGUGCACAAUUUGUUGAUGGAAGAUUAAUGAAAUCAAUGGAUGUUAUGUUAGCUGGAAUAAAUACAACUGAGAAACAAAUUAAAUUACAUUUAAUACGUUCAUUAGCAACAAGUUUAUUUAAUUGUCUUAUUUCAUUACUUAUUUGUACACAAACAGAAGUUAAACUUUAUAAAGCUUUUAUGUUUGAUGCUAAUCCAGCUAAGGAUGAAUAUGUUUUUGAACAUAAAAUUGAUCCAGAUUAUAAAUAUAAAUUUCCUCUUGAACUUGAACAUGAAUUAGCUGUUUUUGAUUUUACAUCAGCUGCUGUUAAUCAACAACAAAAUGAUUUAAAUAAAAGUUUAUCAAAUUCUUUAUCAAAUAAUUCAUCAACAAAUAUAAUUCAACAAAAAGAAAAUUGA